UUUUGUCGUUAGAGGGCCAAUUUAUUGACAGCAGCAGAAAGCAGAAAUGGCGACUACCAGGAUUGCAUUGUUGAACGCCAAAAGAAGUCAAAACAAGGAAAAUGUCAGAUGUCAGAAAUGUCUAGAGAUGGGUCAUUGGACCUAUGAAUGCUCUGGAAAGAGAAAGUACGUCCAUCGGCCAUCGAGGAUAUCAACACUCAACAAGAAACUGAAGCAGAAGCAGAAAGAGGAGGAGGAAGGAGCAAAAAGGCUAGAGAACCCCAAGAGUGACAGCAGCUCUGGUGAUGAGAGUGACGAGACAUCCUCCGGAACUAUCGAUUCCGAUUCUUCCUCCACCCUCAGUAGCUCCGAUGACGAAUCAAGCGAUGAGGAUUCCAACCUCAGCUCUAAAGGGGACUCCGAUUCGGGCUCGUCCGGAACAAGCGACUCGGACUCGGACAGUAGCGAAGAUAGCGUGCCUCGGAAAAAGCGCAAACGGUGAACAAUCCAGCGUCUCUCUUUCGUCAAACUGCGGCUGAAUUGCCAAAUUGAUGUGUUAUUUAUUUAUUACUGCGAGAUAAAUAGAUUUGAAUGGAAUUGGCCGAGAAACUUCAGCACAGGGCUGCAUUUGUGCCGCUGAGGGCACCAACACUAAUUGAGUACUCCACUGAGCCAACGAUACAGUGGCUUUGGUGCAAUAUAUGAGAAAUGCAAGCAAUUUCAAGUUUUGUAUGACAGGGAUUCUCUCUCAUGUACCCGUCUUGUAUUUUGAUAUGGAAUAAUCUCAUUGUUGUA